GUUGUACCUUUUUGGAUGCCAACGGCCAUCUCCAACUUUGGAGAGGACAUUAUUUAUGUCUAUUUUUAAUUAUUUACUGGGUAAGACCUCCGGCUUCCACGCAGGAAACAUGAAAUAUGAUAUCAAGACGUUGCAUGAUCUAUCAUAUCAUAGAAACCGUCAAACACUGCAGUCUGUUGCUUAUCAGUUUGUAAACAUUGAUGUAAAGACAGAAAGGCGAAUUAAAUAUAUAAAGAAUGGAGAAGUUUUGUAAUAUUUUAUCUCUGGUGGCAUUUCUCAUCUUACUUAACAUGCCACAAGUGACCGCUUCCACCAACAAUUCAAACUCAGUUGUGACUACAAUUGGAUCAAACACAAUAAAUGUUGCUACGUCAAACACAGCAAAUGUCUCAGCAACAGUUGCUACGUCAAACGCAACAAAUGUCUCAGAAACUGAAUUUCCAAGUACUACGAGCAGGGGAUCUGAUUAUGUUACUACGUCAAACACAGCAAGUGUCUCGUCAAUUGUUGCUACGACAAGCAUAGCAAGUUGGUCGACAACUGUUUCACAUAAAAGAUCAAUCACAACACUGAUUGUCACAGCCACAGACACGUCCACCACGGUCUAUUUCGGUACAACUCGCACGGUAAAUUCAAGUCACAUCAAUGCGACCAUGACGACUAAAGCAAACCCUACCACUGUCACUGUCAAUAUCAACGCCUCCCAAACAUCAAACGUCGUGACAUCAAGUGUAAAUAUAACUAAAAAAAACCCUGAAGGCGAUGAAGAUGGUUUGAGCACCACCCAAAUUGCGGCAAUAGCGGGAGGUUGUGGAGCCGCUCUCAUUAUACUCAUUAUCAUUCUUAUCGUGUGGCGUCUGAAAAGCUCAGCACGACAAGGAUCAGGAACAAUUCAUCCUUUACAUAACGUGGGAGAAAAUGCCGAAAUGGAGAUAGCUGAAGGAAAUGAACAGGAAACCAAAAACAAAUAAUCACUUCAUUUAUUUCCAAGCAGGGGAAGUUAGUUUGUAAAUUAAAAAGUAGCAACUCUUA